UCACCUAUUUAUAUCACCCACUUGUCCAAAAGAUACUCACUGUGUGUGAUCAUUUGUUUUGGAAGAGAGAAAGAAAGAAAUUAAAGUGAUUAUGGAAAUUGGUUCCAGAAUUGUACUUUUGGUGAGUGUUGUUAUGGUGGUCAUAGCUGCAGGGUUGUGGCCAAUGGCGGCUGUGGAAGGAGGUCCAGUGCUUCAUAAAGUGGGAGCCUCCAAAGGUUGGCAUCAGGAUAUCAACUACACUCAGUGGUCUGCUCAAGAGCAUUUCUACGUUGGUGAUUGGCUCUUGUUCAAGUUUGACAAGCGAUACUACAACGUUCUGGAAGUGAACAAGACAAGCUACGAGAGCUGCAUAGACUGGGCGUUCAUCAGAAACAUCACGCGCGGUGGUCGCGACGUGGUUCAGUUGACAGAGGCAAGGACAUACUACUUCCUCUCUAGCGGAGGCUACUGCUUUCAUGGAAUGAGAGUUGCUGUGCAGGUUGAACAAUACCAACAAGGUGCACCAGCAGGGGCACCAUCUCCUUCUGAGAUGAAUCACUCUGGUUCUAUUUUGCCUUCUGGGUUGUGCACCUACAUUUGGAUUGUUGUUGCUAAUGUGCUUUAUGUGAAUUUGGUUUCAUUGGGCAUUUUGUAAGAGAUGGGGCUGGGGCUGAGAAAUUAAGACAACUUGGACUAGGUAAAUUAAAUUAUUUCUAAGGAUGCGUUAUUUGAGUAAAAGGUGAGGACAGGUUCAUUAUUUGUUAUGGUUGUUUUUUUCGUUUUAAGGGUUAGGUACUUGAUGCUGUUUAGCCCAUAUUGGAUGGCUUGGUUGGUUAGUGAUGAAUUAAAAAUUUGAUGGAAGAUUAUGUUUUCUUUUUGUGUCUCCAUUUUUAUGUGAAUCUCAAAUUUAACUUAGACAUUGACAUUAUGUGUU